UCUAUAUAAUAUAUUUAAAAACGAUAUUUUUAAUGAUCGAUAUUUUCAAUUCAUUCGGUUGUAAAUUUUUAGAAUCGAAAAUUAGUCAAAAUUACCGAACAAAUCGUCUCUUUGAAUCGAUUGAUGUCGAAACCGAAAAAAUAAAACUGAAUUAACUGAAUUCAAUCGAUUUCGAUCAGUUGUUUCGGUUUAAACCGAUUAAUCGAUUCGCAGUUGUGAAGUGCUGUGUUUUCGUCAUCCUCGGUUCUCAACGUUCUGUGGAAGAAAUGGCAGAUGAUAUCAGAUUCUUUGAACUGAACACAGGAGCUAAGAUCCCUUCUGUUGGAUUAGGCACUUACGGUGCCAAACAACAUGGUGUUAUCCAAAACACUGUCACCACUGCCAUCAAGGUUGGGUAUCGGCACAUUGAUUGCGCUUCACUGUACGGCAAUGAAAAGGAGAUUGGUUCUGCUCUAAAGAAAUUGUUCAAUGAAGGUAUAGUGAGGCGUGAAGACUUAUGGAUUACCUCCAAACUCUGGUGUAGUGAUCACUUGCCUGAAGAUGUACCAAAGGCAUUGAAUAAAACUCUGCAAGAUUUGCAACUUGACUAUGUGGAUCUCUAUCUAAUACAUUGGCCAGUCAGUUUAAAAAAGGGAUCAAUUGUUGUUACGCCUGAAAGCUUUACACAACCUGACAUACCUGGUACGUGGAGAGCAAUGGAGGCACUCUAUGAUUCUGGUAAGGCUCGGGCUAUUGGAGUGAGUAACUUCUCUUCAAAGAAGCUUGGAGAUCUGUUGGAAGUGGCACGUAUAACUCCUGCUGUCAAUCAAGUGGAAAUUCACCCUGUAUGGCAGCAGCCAAAGCUGCACGAAUAUUGUCAAUCCAAGGGAGUUCACUUGACGGGAUAUUCUCCAUUGGGUUCCCAAGCUGGAGAAAAUGUCAGGAAGAAGGUCCUGGACAAUCCGGUUGUUAAAAUGGUGGCAGAGGAACUAGGGAAAUCUCCAGCACAAGUGGCUCUUCGCUGGGGACUGCAAAUGGGUCAUAGCAUACUUCCUAAGAGCAUAAGUGAGGCAAGGCUGAAGGAAAACAUUGAUGUCUUUAACUGGUCUAUACCUGAAGAUAUGAUUGCCCAGCUUUCUCAAAUUCAACAGGAGAGGCUAGGAAGAGCCGAACAUUUUGUGCAUGAUAGUUAUGGUGUAUAUAGGACUGUUGAAGAGCUUUGGGAUGGUGAAGUCUGAGCAGACAUAUGUUCGGAAGUUGUUCCCCUUUAAUUUAAACAUAAUAGACAAUGCUUCUAUGUUGUUUCCCUGUUGCCUCCUGAUUUGCAAUAGAUAUGCUUGUUACAGGCUCGGUUCAUUUCAA